AUGCAUUUUGAAAAAGAGUAGGUUGGAGAUUUGUAUGGGAUUUUGGCUUUAUCUAAAGAUGUUGAUGAAGUAGUCCUGCCUUUCCUAAUUUACAUAUUAAAAAAAGAGAGAAUUUAAGACUGCCUAGAAUUUCUUUUAUAAGAUUAAAAUCAAUUCCUUGUUGAAUUAGAAAGAUAAAAGGUAGAAGAUUCAUAGCUACUUGAUAAAGAAUAGACUCUCAAUGCAGAGAAUAACAUUAAGACAAUAACGUGUGUUCUCAAAAAGAUUAGGGAUCACGAAUUUAAUAAACAGAAUUACUCAAAAGAUGAACAUGAAGAAAUUAAAAAGAGUCUAAUCUUAAAAAUAUCACUGGAUAAGAAAAUUAUAGAAUUUCUCAAAUUUUUAGUACAUCUAACAGCCUUGGAUGAAAGAUAUAUUUAGUCUGGAUCAAAUUCUCUUCAUUUACUAGUUGUAAUGAAAGUUGAUUUGAGUGAACAAUCUUUUGAAAGUAUUAGAAUUAGAAACUCUUCAUUGUUAGGAGCAAAUUUAGUGAGAUGUGACUUAAGUGGAUCUGAAUUUGAAAAUGUUAUUACUAGUGGAAUGAAUUUGAAUUAAUCCAAAUUAUUUAAUUGUAAAUGGAAGAAUUUAAGAAUACAUGAGCUAAAUAUAUUAAAUGGGCAUAGUGAAAUAGUCAAUUAGGUUUGCUUUUCUAGAGAUGGUAAGUCAUUAAUUUCUUGUAGCUAAGAUAAUUCGAUUAUAUUGUGGGAUAUUAGAAAAGGAAAAAUGAAGUCUUUAAAUAGAUUGAAGAAUUAAAUUAAUUCAUUGAGUCUUUCUCCUAAUGGUGAAAUUUUAGCUUAUUGCAUUGGUAGAUAUGCAUAUAUAUUGAAUCAUAGAACAUAGAGAUAAAUCUCAAAAUUAAAUUGUCAGACUGUCUUUACUAAUUAAUUAUGUUUCUCUUCUGAUGGUACUACAUUAGCAUCAGUUGGUGGGGCUGGUAUUUUUGUUGACUUUGUUCGUUUAUGGGAUGUUAAAACAGGUUAAAAAAAAAGCCGAAUUAGAUGGUCAAACUAAGUGUAUAAAAGCUGUCUGCUUCUCUCCUGAUGGUACUAAAUUAGCAUCUUGCAUUUAAGACUAUUCUAUCUGUUUAUGGAAUGUUGAGACAGGAUAAUAGUAAGCAAUUUUAGGAGGUCAUUCAAAUAUGGUCUAUUCAUUCAGCUUCUCUCCUGAUGGUACCAUAUUAGCAUCCGGUAGUUCUGAUUAAUCUAUUCGUUUAUGGGAUGUUUAAACAGGAUAAUAAUACUUAUAAUUAAAAGGAAAUUAUUCAUGUGUAAGGUCGGUCUGUUUUUCUCCAAAUGGUAUGAUAUUAGCAUCUGGCGGUUCAGAUAACUCCAUCCGUUUAUGGGAUGUUAAGACAGGAUAAUAGAAGGCAAAACUAGAUGGUCAUUCAAAACCAGUCUUUACAGUCUCUUUCUCUCCUGAUGGUAUGACAUUAGCAUCUGGUAGUUAAGAUAAUUCUAUCCGUUUAUGGGAUGUAAAGACAGGAUAAUAACAACCACAAUUGGAUGGUAAUAUCGAUCACAUUUAUUCAGUAUGUAUAUCCCCUGAUGGUUCUAAAUUAGCGUCUGGUAGUUCGGAUAAUUCUAUCCGUUUAUGGGAUGCUAAAACAGGAAAAUAAUUAUCUAAAAUUGGUUAUCAUGAUGGACAUAUUAAUCAAGUCUGUUUCUCUUCUGAUGGCUUGACAUUAGCAUCUUGUUGUGAAUAUAGAUCUAUUCGUUUUUGGGACGUUAAAACAGGAAAGAUAAAGCUGAAAUUAGUAGGAAAGAAAUCGAUAAGAUCAGUAUGCUGGUCACUUAACCAUACUACGUUGGCUUCAUGUGGUGAAAAAUUGAUAUACAUAUGGAAUCUUAACAAAUGUAAAUAAAUGAAAAAAUUAAUCAAUCAUACUGGACAAAUUGAUUUGGUUUGUUUUUCUCCUGAUGGUACUACAUUAGCUUCUGGUAGUUAAGAUAAGUCUAUCCGUUUAUGGGAUGUAAAGACAGGGUAAUAAAUGGCAAAAUUAGAUGGCCAUACAAAUCAAGUUAAGUAAGUAGGUUUCUCUCCUGAUAGUAUGUCAUUAGCAUCUGUAAGUUCAGAUAACUCUAUCCGUUUAUGGGAUGUUAAGACAGGAUAAUAAAAAGCCAAAUUAGAUGGUCAUUCUGGUUAUGUUAAUUCAGUCAAUUUCUCUCAUGAUGGUACUACAUUAGCACCUGGUAGUUAUGAUAAGUCUAUAUGUUUAUGGGAUGUUAAGACAGGGUAAUAAAAAGCCAAAUUAGUUGGUCAUUCUGGUUAUGUUAUGUCAGUUAAUUUCUUUCCUGACGGUACUACAUUAGCAUCUGGUAGUUCAGAUAACUCCAUCCGUUUAUGGGAUGUUAAGACAGUAUAACAAAAAGCCAAAUUAGAUGAUUUUUCAAAUUAUGAUACGGCAGUCAAUUUCUCCCCUGAUGGUAUUACAUUAGCAUCUGGUAGUUCAGAUAACUCCAUCCGUUUAUGGGAUGUUAAGACAGGAUAAUAAAAGGCAAAAUUAGAUGGUCAUUCAAAUUCAAUCAAUACAGUCUGUUUCUCUCAUGAUGGUAUGACAUUAGCAUCUGGUAGUUCAGAUAACUCUAUCCGUUUAUGGGAUGUUAACUCAGGAUAAUAAAACGCCAAAUUAGAUGGCCAUUUUGGAAAUGUCAGGUCAGUACGUUUCUCUCCUGAUGGUACUACAUUAGCAUCUGGUAGUUAAGAUAAGUCUAUCCGUUUAUGGGAUGUUAAGACAGGAUUACAAAAAGCCUAAUUCAAUGGUCAUUUAAGUUCUGUUACUUCAGUCAAUUUCUCUUCUGAUGGUACUGCAUUACUAUCUGAAUGUUCAGAUAAAUCCAUCCGUUUAUGGAAUGUUAAGGCAGCAAAAGAGAUUUUUCCUCAAGAUAAUUGUUACAAAGCUCUAUUAUCUUAGUUUAAAUUGUCACUUUCAAGCCAAUCCAUUUUAUUCAAUGGUAUUUAUUAAUUGUAUUUUUUAGCCAACUUUGAUCCUACAAUAUUAAGAAUAUGUCAAAAUCCCAUUUUGGAAGCAUAAGGAGCUUUAAUACUGAAAGGGCAAUUAUUUGAUUACAAAGGAUAUGAUUUAAGAUUAUUAUUUAAAUCUAAAGGAAGUUUGAUUUUAGAGAAUCAACAAUAAUAGAAAAAUAAAUGA